AGGAGGAGGAGGAGGUGAAAGACUGGAAGGUUGAGAACAGAAUGAACGGGUCGGGAAGGGGGAAGGAUGCGGAUUAUGGUAGCCUGACUACCGACGAUGGUUUCGGUCGUUUGACAUAAGGAUGUGUGGAGAAAACGACACAGGCCUGCGGUUUGAUCAUACACGGCGAACGCACGCAGGGACAGCCUGUAAUUUACGCGUCGCCGCAAAUUAUCUGUGACACCGAGGGUUGCAUGGCUUAGCUGUAAGGGGUGGUUUCCAGCGUAGCCUAUGUUGAAUUUACAUGUUACUUUGUCGUGUUGUCUUCUCAACAAGUUAACGUCAAGACAACCGGAGUAAAAACACAGUGACCUCGUAUCUCUUCAUAUUUGCGGUUCAACUGCUAACAUGUUUUUAGCCGUCAUUUUAGCAUCAUUGCCACCUGAUCUCCCCUGCUCUGCCGCUGCAGGUUUGAUGUCAAACUGAACGGAGCUCCGUGAGGUCAAAACCAAACAUACCAAAAAUACAACUUUACCGUGUUUCAACAUGGAGGCGUCGACGUUACAGCCUCUCCGGCUGACAAGUCUCUUUAUAUGGACGACUUUGUGUUGGCUCGGCAGCGGUCAAUCCGCGCCGGACGCCUCGGGCCUGCCUCUAGCCAUCCGCGUGCCACUGCGGCAAGGCGCUCGCGCUGAACAGUCACCGUCGUUACCACCUGCAGCGGCCGAGGCUGCUGCCUCGCGGGGCAACACGGGGAGGUAUCCGGCGCGCAGGCGGAGAGGAGCGGCACCGGGCGGGAUCAGCUUCGUGGACAUGAUUGAUAACCUGCGUGGGAAGUCCGGACAGGGAUACUACGUGGAGAUGGCCGUGGGCUCUCCUCCGCAGAAGUUGAACAUCCUGGUGGAUACAGGAAGCAGUAACUUUGCUGUCGGAGCGGCUGCUCAUCCCUUUCUACGCAGAUACUACCAUCGUUCACUCUCCAGCUCGUACCGUGACCUCGGUAGGAGCGUUUACGUUCCUUACACCCAGGGUCGCUGGGAAGGGGAGCUGGGCACCGACCUGGUCUCUGUUCCACACGGCCCCAACGCCACGCUGCGUGCCAACAUCGCUGCAAUCACCCAGUCAGAUCGCUUCUUCAUCAAUGGAUCCAACUGGGAGGGAAUCCUGGGACUGGCCUACGCUGAUAUAGCCCGGCCUGACGAGACAUACGAGCCUUUCUUCGACUCUCUGGUUCGUCAGACUCCUGUCCCCAACCUCUUCUCUCUCCAGCUGUGUGGAGCCGGCUUCACCCAGAACUACUCCCUGGGCAGCGCUACUGUUGGCGGCAGCAUGAUCAUUGGAGGAGUGGACAUGUCACUGUACGUAGGAGAGCUUUGGUACACUCCCAUCCGCAGGGAAUGGUACUAUGAAGUCAUUAUUGUGCGUAUUGAGGUUAAUGGACAGGACCUCAACAUGGACUGUAAGGAGUACAACUAUGAUAAGAGUAUUGUGGACAGUGGCACCACCAACCUUCGGCUGCCUAGGAAAGUCUUCCAGGCUGCAGUCAAGGCCAUUGAGGCAGCCUCUUCGACUGAACAGUUUCCCUCUGGGUUCUGGCUUGGGGAGCAACUGGUAUGUUGGCAGGCCGGCACCACACCCUGGCACAUCUUCCCAGUCAUCUCCCUCUACCUGAUGAGUGAAAACCGCAACCAGUCCUUCAGAAUCUCCAUCCUACCGCAGCAAUAUCUGCGGCCAGUAGAGGAUGUGGCUUCAGCCCAGGAGGACUGCUAUAAGUUUGCUGUAUCCCAGUCUAGCACCGGCACAGUGAUGGGGGCCGUCAUCAUGGAAGGCUUCUACGUGGUCUUUGACCGUGAGAAGAAACGAAUCGGCUUUGCUGUUAGCACCUGCCAUGUGCAUGAUGAGUUUCGCACAGCCUCUGUAGAGGGCCCAUUCCACGGCGUUGACCUGGAGGACUGCGGCUACAACAUCCCCCAGACGGACGAGUCCACCCUUAUGACCAUCGCCUACAUCAUGGCGGGAAUCUGCGCUCUCUUCAUGCUGCCGCUGUGUCUCAUGGUGUGCCAGUGGCGCUUCGCCCGCUGCCUCCAUCCACACGGGGACUUCGCUGACGACAUAUCGCUCCUAAAGUGAAGAGGGGAAAACAAGGGUCAUAGAGACCCACAGUUGAAACACAGGACAGAUAUGGACUGUGGUAAACGGGGUGUACUGUAUUACGUUACAAAAUGUUGGUGCUGUUGAAGGAGAGCUUUGAAAUGGUUUUUCAGGAAUACAAUAUAUACAGUAUAGAAAAUGCUGACUUCCGGCAUGUGAGGAUAACUAGAGCCAUUGCUAACCUGAAGGACAAACAAGGAUGUCAUCAGCGUCAACUUCGUCGGUUUACGCUACCUAUGCAGAUCAGCAUGGUUAGAGGAACAGAAGUUGGAAAAUAAAGUCAAAUAUGAAACACAAAAUCAUGUCUUUACUAUAAAUAGUGUAUAAAUAGACAACAGAGAAGGACUGGAUUUGGAAUUUUGAAAGAUUUGUCUCUUAAUAUUACCGACAGACUCCAGAGUGAUUUGGGAUUUGAGGAAAAUUUCAAGAGCAAACACUAAAUUAGGAUGUGAGGACAAGAUGUGAAACCAUCAUGUUGUCGGAUGUGUUUUGCUAUGGUAUGAUUUGAACAUAUGAGCGUGUGGUUACAUGCGUGCGUUUAUAGACCUAUUGUUUGUGGCUUGUGAGUGAAUGAAACAAGUUGAUAUGUGUGAGCAUGCCUGUAUGUGUGCACAGCUGUACUGUAAGUGAAGAGUAUACCGAAAGACUUAAUGAAAAUGAUACUUAUGAAGAUGAAACAUGAUAGUAGCAUCUACAAAAUUACACUGUUUGGCAAAUGCCAGCAAAAAAAAAAAUCUGCAAUGCAAAUCAAGCAAAAAGAGGCUAAUUUGAUGAAAUAUCAGAUUGUAACAGCAUUUACAGUAAAAAGUCAGUUUUGCUUAGUGUGAGACUGAGACUUCUGAACACAGUCAAUAUCAGAUGUCACUUUUUCUUCUUAUAUUGAUAACAUAAAUCCAUUGUACAGGAAAUGUGUGCAAUCCAGAUCUUUUUGCAAAGGCACACAACACAUACGCACACACGCACACACACAUGCACACACACACACACACACACACACACACACACA